GCUGUCAAAAGAUGAACUCUCUCCUCGCCGUCGCUGUGCUGUUUGCUUGGGCCUUGUCCCCAGCCGAUGGGAACAUCUGGCAGCUGCACAAGAUGAUCACAAAGGCAACGGGGAAAUUUUCGUUCUUCAAUUAUGCCUUCUACGGCUGCUACUGCGGCUUGGGGGGCAAAGGACAGCCCAAAGAUGCCACGGACAGGUGCUGCCAGCUGCACGAUACCUGCUACAACAACCUCCUGAGCUCCCACUGCCAUGCCAAGACGCAGGACUACCACUACUACUGGCACAGCAGCACCCCCUCCUGCGUAAACAGCUCCUGGUGCUCCCAGCUCUCCUGCGAGUGCGACCGCAGCCUGGCGCUUUGCCUGAAGCGAAACAUCAGGAGCUACAGCAAACGCUACCGCUUCUACUCGAGCCACCGGUGCCGGUGAUGGGAGCCGGGAUGCGGGGCCGGAGCACACGCGCUGAUUCUGCAUCUGGAUCAGCCUGCGCGGAGCACGUUAGUGCUGCUGUAAAUGUAAUCAGCAUCAAAAUAAACAACGUUC